AUGGAAUCGGGAUGGAAUUUGGCACUAGCCAAAGUGGAAGAAGCCUAUAAGCAUGAGAGCAAAACUAAAGAGGCAAUUGGGGAAUUCAUCCGCUCUUGUUCAUUCCAUAUUCUUCAGGAUACUCUAGAUGCAGUUGAGAAUGAAACAGUAGAGAAUAGAUUGCUCCCUGCGAUGAAUAAAAUUUGGCCUUUCUUGGUUUCUUGUGUCCAAAACAAGAAUCCAGUUACCAUUAGAAGAUGUUCUCAUGCGAUUAGUACAGUGGUACAAAUCUAUGGGGGUAAGUUCUUUUCUCGUCAUUUUUAUGCUGAUGGGAUUCACUUUUGGAAACUUCUAAACACAUCACCCUUUCGAAAGAAACCCUUCUCAAGAGAAGAAAGAACCCCUUUGCAACUUCCUUACAGGAGCAUCUCCACAUCUUCAUGGGAUUCAGUUGCUGAAAUUUCAAACGUGAAAGUCCAGGCGGAAUUGCUGAACAUGAUUUUAGACUUAGCUCAGAACAAAAGAAGUGCUUCGGCAUUGGAAGCCGUCUUCAAAAAGGUUGGUGUUCUGGUGGUCGGGAUAGCAUGUAGUGGUGUUAAAGGUCUUCUAGAUGCUUCUAUUAAUGCCCUUGUUGGACUUGCAUGCGUAGAACCUGACCUGAUAUGGCUUUUCUUAUCUGAUGUUUACUACGCGAGAAAGAAAGAUUUGCCUUCACUGCUAACGGCUGAAUUUCCUGAAAUUACUGAAAUUCUGCCUCCACCUUCAUCCUAUAAAGACUACCUUUAUGUGAUGCAUGGUGUUGAAGUCCAAAAUUGCAAUCAGGAAAGAUUAGAAGAAGGGAAGCUUCCGCCACUUGCUCCAAGGAGUUAG